AUGGAAUUAAUCUAUUCAAUGAGACGUAAACGUUUGAAAUGUGAGCCACCUAAUUUUGAUGGCACUACAGAUCCAGAAGCAGUGCGUCCAAUAUGCACAAUAUCAGUGUGUAAUAUCAUAGCAUUCACAUCAUUUACUGAGCUCUCAGAUGUAGAUGGAGACACCUGGGGAGGGCAUGUGUAUGUAUGUGAUAUUGUCACACCAUGGAAUAGCUACAAAGUUACAAGUACUACACAUCCUGUAUCUGCUCUUGAGUGGGAUGGAGAAGGCAAGCAUUUGCUAGUUGCUACUACUGUAGGAGAUGUAUAUGUAUAUGGGCAAAAGGAUUAUUUAUUAAAUGAAUGGACUUGUUUGUAUACAGGCAGUUUUCCAGGUGAGAGGGUGAUGAAGACGAUAUUCUUCCACAAUGGACGUAGAGUUGUGGUAUCAGACAAAAAAUCUGAGAUAUCUAUGGCGGAGAGAUUUCAAUUAUCGAGGAGCACUCCCACACUCAAAGGAUUCGGCGGAGCGGGCAGUGAAGGCGUGUGCGUAGUGACGGGGUCGGGACUGGUGGGAGCGGUUUCGGGUUGGUCGGCGCCGUCUGCCUUGGUGCCGCUUCGCCCCGCUAGGGAUCGCGUCACCGCCGCUGCCCUUGCCCAUAAAAACGGCAAGAUCGUAGUGGCCGCCCUUUGCGUGUGCGGCGGACGGGCAUCAGUGCGGGCAGGCGCCGUUACGGUGACCCUUCCUUUGGUUUUGCAGCUCACGCCGCUGCCCACGCUAUAUCUGCCGGAGGACACGCCGCAGCUGCCCGUGUGCCUGAGUUGGAAGCUGUCAGAGGAAGUGAACAGUUUGUUCGUGGGCAGCACCACGGUGACCCUGUGGAAGCUCACGGAACGAGCGUAUCCCGUGCACAAACUAUUGGCCAAAGGUUCUGUCCAAGGGAACACUACUCCGGGGGGAGGACCGAAGUCGGCUUCGGAGUGCUUCGCCACCCUCAGCUGGCAGGCGACGGGAGCGUGGCCGGUGGAGGGCGGCGAGGUGGCGGCGGGCGUGGCGUCCGGCGGGCCUCGGGCCGCCUCGCUGGCCGCCCUCGCCACGCCCAGGUCCCUGCAUCUCAUCGGAGACUCGCACCACUACCUGUGUUCACGGGCGGUGGUGACGAGUAGUGAGGUGUCUCCGCCGUCUUCGACUCCGCCCAAGAAGACAAAAUACGGGUCUGGCCUUUUACCGAGCGGCGCGAGGUGCGCCCGCGCAUGCGGCGUGAGCGUGUCGCGGUCGGGGUGUGCGGUCGUGGUCGUGGACACGCACUCGCAGCUCCAUCUCUACAAACACACGCCGGCGCACGAGCACGCCAGCCAAGUGGUCUCUCAGACGUGCGCGCUGCUGGAGUACGCCACGGUGAGCGGACACGACUGCGUGGACGUGCUGAUAGGACUCAAGCCCAACGUCCUCGAGGCGCUCUACGAGAGACUGACGGAGAACUUCCAGCGACAGCCGACCGCGUUCCAGCAGCACUACUACUACGCCUGGAUCCGCCUGAGGAUGCUGCUGUGCAGCAUGAUCCCGAGCGGACAGGCGAGCGCGUCCAACCUGACGUCGGUGCUCAUGAGCGGGGCCUCGAGCGCCGCCCUGGCGUGCGCCCUGCGCCCGCCCGCCCCCCGCCCGGACGAUAAAGACUCGCCCUUGCACGCGCUGGCCGUCCUGGCCGGCCUCUUCGACGACCAGCCCGACCACGACAAGAACCUUUUGGCGCUCGAAGCUAAAGCCGAGGCGCUCGGAGAGACGGCUCUGUCGGCGCUGCAGCCGCUGCUGGCUCUGCGACGUCCGCUCCGGCGGGCUCUGCACACGGCGCUCACGGCGCUGGCGGCGCUGCAGACCUCCACUUCCCAUCACGGCUACGAGGUGUGGGCCGACCCGUCGGCCCUGGGCGUACUCCGCAAGCUGCUGGUGGUGUCCCGCUGCAGCGCCCGAAGCACCUGGGGCGGGGUAGAGGCCGGAGCCGGUCUGCAGUCGGCCUUGGCGCGCCUCGCCGCUUCGCCCCACAACGUCAAACCGGACCUGCUGGAGGAAUGUCUGACCCUGUGCGUGCAUAACUCGUCCCGGGUGUGGGACGUCUCGCCCCGUUGCGGAGUCGGCGCCCCCCAUGCCAGGCCCACGCCGUAUCACUUGGAGUACGGCGUGGAGCCCGAAUCCCUCCGGUACGUCCCGGAGCCGCCUCCUCACGCCGUUUCGGAGUUGACCCCGUCGUUCGAAAUGGACGCCAUAAGGUACAUGUACUUGGGCGGCGGCGACAAAGGCGGCGGCAGAUGGCGCGAGUGCGGGCGUUGCGGCGCGCGAGUCCUGUCCGCCUCUCUCUGCGCCAGACAUCCGCUUCAGCGGGCCUACGACGGACGCUUCGUCGGCUCCUGCAGAUGCGGAGGAAAGUGGAGUCUCGUGUCCAAUUUCUAG